UUUUCGAACGGCGGCCGUUUUCAUUCUCGCUCGACGGAUUCGUGACUCGGCACACGCGUCGCGACUAAAGAAUUUAGCAUCCGGCACAAAGCUGCUUCUCUACGCGAGACGCACACAAAAAACGCGACGCGACGCGAAACCGCGCGAGCUUGACAAAGAAACUGACUCGAGUGUGUUUUAAAACGGCGAACAUACUUGCGAUAUCGCGCGGUCGGCGGCGACACUUCAACGCGAAAAGCGACGAAUUCGGUGCAUUUUCGGCGAUACACGACGAGAUUUGUUUUCACAGUUCGAAUCAGUAAAAUACGGAAACGAUACACAGAACGAGAGUUCAGCGGUGAUUUGAUCAGUUCGAUGCAACAUAUAAAUCGAAACUAUCGAAAAUAUAUAUAUUAGCGAUUGCGACUAUUGGCAGUAAUAACUUCGCGCAAUAAGGGACUCAUUUCAGUGCAUUUGGAGAAAUCAAUCAUCGUGCAGCUGCGGCGCAACAUUCAAAGCUACAUAUACAUAUAUUUGUCGCACGCUGUUGUAUCCGUUGUAUCUUGUAAAGACACAACGCGAUGGCCGCCCAAGAGCACGUUGCUCUACUCUUCGUCGUUGCUCUCGUCGCAUCGUUGUCAACCUACGGCAAUGCCGCUUCCGCACACAUUCACACGCAUCAACAUAACAAACUCAACAGCAACGAGAGGAUGGAAGACGGAGCAUUCAGUCCCCGUGAUAGUGAUCACUACACGGAAAAUGAUCAUCAUCAGGAAUUUGAUCAUGAAGCCAUUCUAGGAAGUGUAAAAGAGGCAGAAGAAUUUGACAGACUUCCAAUAGAAGAAUCCAAGAGGCGAUUAGGUAUUUUAUUAACAAAAAUGGAUCUGAAUGAUGAUAAAUUCAUAGAGAGAAAUGAGCUGAAAGCCUGGAUCUUGCGUUCAUUCAACAUGCUUUCUGAAGAGGAAUCUCAAGAUCGCUUGGAAGAUGCUGAUAUGGAUAAGGAUGGCAAAGUGAGUUGGGAUGAAAUCCUGCAGGAUACCUUUGGCCAGGAUCCGGAAGAUUUGGCUCUGGAAGACAGUGCGAUUCAAGAUGACAAAGACACGUUUGAGGCUGCUGAUUUAAAUAAAGAUGGAUAUUUAGAUACAGUGGAAUUCAAAGCUUAUACACAUCCUGAAGAGACUCCUAGAAUGUUUCCACUUUUAUUGAAGCAAGCUUUGGAAAAGAAAGAUACAGACAACGAUGGAUAUGUUAAUUUCCAAGAGUUUAUUGGCGACAGAGGCAAGUACAAAGAUAAAGAAUGGCUGUUGGCUGAAAAAACUACGUUUGAUUAUGAACACGAUAAAAACGGAGACGGCAGACUGGAUUCGGAUGAAAUUUUGUCUUGGCUUGUUCCGAGUAAUGAAGAGAUAGCGAAUGAUGAGGUAGAUCACUUAUUUGCCAGUUCCGAUGACGAUCAUGACAAUAGAUUGUCGUUUGAUGAGAUUUUGAACCAUCAUGAUAUUUUUGUGGGCAGCGAGGCAACGGACUUUGGUGAUCAUUUACAGGACAUAGAGCGUUUUACCGAUGAGCUUUGAGUGUCACUAGUCGAUUAGACUGAUAUAUUUUAUCUUUCAUAAUACUCAUCAGUGACUCGUCAUAUUGUAAUUGAAAGUAUUUUUAAUACACUGCUCAAAACAACAACUACAUUAUAAUAUAUAUUUAUAUUAUAUGUAUAU